AGCUCAACAAGAACCCGGUGGAGGGCUUUUCAGCUGGUCUGAUAGACGACGAUGACAUUUAUAAAUGGGAAGUCGUGAUCAUCGGUCCACAAGAUACCCUUUUUGAAGGCGGGUUUUUCAAAGCAUACCUCACCUUUCCCUAUGAUUAUCCUCUACGGCCUCCAAAGAUGAAGUUCAUCACUGAGAUCUGGCACCCAAACGGUAAAGAUGCCAUCACUUGUGAAUUAAGUUAAUUUCUGCUUCUUUAU